AAAAAAAUAAAAAACCCACUAAAAUGACUGAAUUCAAGCUUAAAAGCAGAGGAAGACAUAUAAAAGGACUUAAAGACACUGUUUCAGUGGGUUCUAAUGAUAAGAAAAUAGAAUCGAUCUUUAAAGAGGUUUCAAAAGCUACCAAAUUGCCGGAAAACCGGCUAAGACUUUUGGUUAAUGAGAGGAUUUUGAAGAAAGAAGAGGAUAUUAAUAGUAUAUAUGAUGAGGAAUAUAUUAUUGUAAAAGAUCUUGGCCCUCAAAUUGGGUGGAAAACGGUUUUUUUGGCGGAAUAUUUGGGACCAUUAUGUAUACAUCCAUUGGUGUAUAAAUCUCGAUUUAUACAGGGUUUAUUGUAUGGAAAUAUAGUUAAACAUUCGUAUAAUCAAAGAAUUAUUUUUGUUCUUAUUGUUCUUCAUUAUGUAAAACGAGAGCUAGAAACGCUUUUAGUGCAUCGAUUUUCAAUGAAUACGAUGCCUAGAAUGAAUUUAUUUAAGAAUUGUUUUCAUUAUUGGGUUCUUGGGGGUAUAAAUAUGGCAUAUUGGAUGUAUGGACCAUGGUUUUCAUAUAUAUAUGAAUCAAAGAUUAUUUUGACAAGCUAUGUUAUUUUAUGGAUGUUUUCAGAGUAUGCAAAUCUGAAAACACAUCUUAUUUUGCGUAAUUUAAGACCUAAGAAGACAACAGUUCGACAAAUUCCUAAAGGAUUUGGUUUUGAUCUUGUUUCAUGUCCAAAUUAUUUUUUUGAAUACAUAUCAUGGCUUGUUAUUGCAUGUUUAAGUCAUUCAUUAUCAUCUUGGAUAUUUCUUACUGUUAGUGGUAUUCAGAUGUGGCUUUGGGCAUUAAAAAAACAUUCACGAUACAUAAAAGAGUUUAGUGAUUAUCCUAAACAUAGGAAAGUUAUGUUUCCUUAUAUUUUAUAAACAAAAUUAUCGAGACUUAACAUUAAAUUUUACAGAUAUUAAC